AUGUCGCCGCAGCCUAUAAAGCCCCGUUCAAUUGCAAGCUGUUCAAUUACAACCCGAAUCCUGCUUGUCAGUGGUGCUUCAUUUUUUCUCCGGUUUGAUUCAUCUUACUUUCCCCGUGGAAGAAAGGAACUCAUGAAUAUGGCUUAUACACGGAUAGUAUUUGUAGCUAUUACAGUUUGUUUACUACUUGUCAUUCCCUGUGCACUGUCUGCAAGUUUUACCUGUAUUAACAAGGGAGUGGAUGGUGCACAUGCUACCAACUAUGCAACGUGUCCAUCAGGUUACGAGGUCACUGGAUGUAGCUGUGGUUACAGAUGCGGUUCAUAUUCAAUUCAAUCUCUGGGAGAUGGAAGAUCUAGAUGCUAUUGUCACAUUGGAUGUAUGAGUGGCAAUCGUGCAAUUGACUGGACCUCGGCAAGAUGUUGCAGAGUACAACCUCAGUGAAUGAUAGAAAAGAUGACAUUAUACCAUUCACCGAAUCUUUAUCUAGUCGCUUUUUCCAAACCAUGUCUUCAGUUUAUUGACAUGCGUUGAAUUACUUGUGGCUCACUUGUAAAUACAACUGUUUUAAAACAAAGAAUAUAUGCAAUUUACGUAAGGUAGCAACAGGAUAAAACGAUUUAGUAAUUGAUCUGUUAUUAUUCCACAAUUGUGUUUUUGUUUUUUUAUUCCGACUAUUAAACCACUGAAUUAUCGGUAA